GGCAACUCGCACCCCACCCACACCACAGGUACCUAGGUACCUGCCCACCCAGCUUGGGGCAGGAGGGCAACAGAACGGCUGGCUCCUUCUGGCUCACAUGGCAUUGGCACCGGGGCAGGGGUUGGGUUGGGCAGCUCCAACGGCCCCCAACCCAACAAGGCAAGAAGGGUGCUAACGGUCACCGGCUAACGGUGCUUACAUGUCAUGCCCCCCAGCCUGCAGCAGUCUUCCCGCCUGCAGGCCCCGUCACAUAAGAUGGCAAGCUCACUUUCUGGAGCCCUGGCCGCAAAAAUAAAGAUGACGAUGUCUCGGCCCUGAUCCUCUCGCCAAAGACUGACUGUGCGCAAAACAACCUGACGACCUGACAACCCGCCGCCGCCGCUGGAGCAGCCCGCGAUGCCGCCAGACGAGACCAUGUCUUCCUCGACACGUCCUCCAGGCCCGACUGCCUCUCCAGGAUUCCAGACUACCCGCAAAAGGGAAUCCUUCGCCUCCCCCUGGCCCACCCCACCAAUGAGGCGUUGCAUGCGGGCCCAGCGCAGGCUCGAGGACUGCCAUGUGGCCCAGUCCUCGCAACAAAAUAUCUCCCGCCGGUCCGCCGACCUGCGCUUCGCCCUCUACGCCCCGGACUCGCCCCGGCCCAUGUCCUCCUCCAGCCGGCACUCUGAUGACCCAGGACGUGCCAAUCGUGAUCGUGAUGGUGACGGCGACGGCGACGGUCCCCCACACGCUCCCCCAGACCGCCACCGCCCUCCCCCGACCAGAGACAGACAGCGACACCGCCUGACCAUGGAACGCAGGCCCACCUCCAUCAUCGGAUCUGCCUGUCUGGCCCUCGAGUCCACCGUUGCCAAGACUGUCGCCGACGUCACAAACUUUGUCCGCCACUGCCGCCCCGCCAGGGCCGACCUCACCCCCAUCACCAGGGAGCUGUCCGAGCUCCAGAUGGUCCUGGAGCUGCUCAACGACUUCGGACAGUAUGGCCAGUACGCCCAGCACCGAGGGCACGGGGGGCUCAGGCAGCAGGAUGCCAUCCCCCCAGAGCUACAGGCUCACCUCCGGCCCAUCCUCAGCAACUGCAUCACCAUAGUUCUUCGCAUCGACGGCGUGCUUCGCCGUCAUGACCAGAGUGAGGCUGAUGGUGCCGCCAAGUGGACCGCACAGGGCAAGGCCGAGAUGGCAGAGCUGCGGCCCUCGCUGGAAACUCAUCGUGGCGCGUUGGGCCAUAUCUCUGAUCUCAUAUCCAUAUCCAUAUCUAUCUCGAGACGGUCCAGGGAUGGCGACUCCAGGAGCCCGCAGGGACCAGAGCUUCAGGUCGAGGAUGUAAUCGAGGACCUCCAGGAGGUGAGGUCCUCCAUACUAGUCAGCGACAGCAACGCAACCCUGGCCCGGCAGCACUUCGCCCUGCAGAUUCACCUUGGUCAGAUAAUCGCCUAUGCGCAGACCCUCGGCGAACCAGAUGCGUGGGACGAGGCGGUAAAGAGAAUCGAUGGCGCCGAGGAGGACAGACAGACGGCGCCCUCAGAACCAACCUCGGAGCCAGCAUCUCCGGUCUUGUCCAUAAGAGAGAGGCCAUCACGCGAUCGCCUCGUCGAGAGCCUGCGCCCGAGACCUAAAUCAUACUCACCAGCACUGUCCAGCGCGACCAUCGGCGCAGCGAGGUCAACCAACCACACCACCACACUUAGCAUUCCUAACAGGAAUGCAUUCAUAGUAUCGCCGCUUACCACAGGGGGGCUUUCUAUCAACACCUUUGGGGGCUCAAAUCGAGAACAGGGCUCCAUAUCACCAAUGACAUACAAAGCACCAUCCAAUCAGGACACCAUGACGAGCGCUUCGAGCCCUGCCAAGGGAGAGCCGGAACCCAUCUCGCCAAUGAGUUUCGGAAAACCCACAUCGGUGGAGGAACCAGAAGAAGCACUCGCAUCCAUAGAAACGCCGCCGACCGAUCCGGGAGUGUUCGACAUAGAACACAAGGCCAUUCCCUCUGAGUUGCUUAGGUCAGGGGUGAAUGAGAACGGGAUAGGAAUUAUACCGAGCAGGGUGAGCACAGCAGCUUCCAGCUACAGGGAGGAGGAAAUCACAGAGGAGGCUCUGGCAUUCGCCCAGGUGCCCGUGCACGUGAUGGGGCGGUUAUCAGUAAACUUGGUUGGGCAUGUGUACACCAACACAUCAGGCCGGAGCGUGUCGGAUGGGACGAGUUUCGACAGGUCCAUCUCGACAUUUGAGACGGAGGGCGAGAUGGAAGAGGCCGAGGGCGAAGGGUAUGCAGCGUCGACCGGAACGAGCGACACCGGCAGCCUCCGGGAUGGGCACCUCCAAUUCUCCCAAAUUGACGUGACACAAGUGACACCACCAGCCACCCAUGAAGCACACCCCGGCGAGCAGGUCUUGCCGCAGCAGGCGGCCGGACAUGCACCGAUGCAGGUGCUGCAACAACCUCCUCCCCCGCGCGAGCUUCGCCAACAGGCCUCCAUGUCCACCGUGAACACCGCCAACACCGCCAACACCAUGAACACACAGACCUUCCUGCAGGGCAAGCCACUGCCGCGGACGCCGCUCGUGUACAUACCGCAAUAUCCAGGGCCCUUUAUCCGGAAGAAGGUGGUGGUGGUAGGCAACUUCAGCUGCGGCAAGACGUGCUUGAUCACGCGCAUGUCCAGAGGCCACUAUCCGAGGGGCGACAGCGACCGCAGCGGCGUGACAGAGACUCUCAAGGUGUCGGUCGAUGAGGACCCGGUCGAGCUCUCGCUGUGGGAUAUCCGCGGCAUAGACUACGACCCGUCGUGGCUCAGCAACGCGCAGGUGGCGCUGAUCUGCUUUAGUGUCAACAUCGCGUCUACUGACGCGAAGGGGAAGCAUCUCGGUCGGUGGGUGACAGAGGUCAACCGCAACUGCCCCGGCGCGGCCAUCAUCCUCGUCGGCCUCAAAAGUGACAUCCGAUGGCACGCAAAGACGAUCGAGAAGCUGCGCAAGCACGGCAAGACGCUGGUGACACAGGAGCAAGGCGAGCAGCUCCGCGACAGCAUCGGCGCCAUCCGGUACCUCGAGUGCUCCGCGCGCACAGGUGAUGGCGUGCUCGAGCUCCUCGAGGAGGUUACCAGGCUCUCGCUCAUGGUCAACAAUGAGGGCUUGAAGAAGGGCCACCGCCGGCCGCUAUCACGGAUCGGCAAAUUCCUCGGCCUGGGGAGCCGAGGCGGCUGACCGGACGGCCAUCCCAGUGUUGGCCCGACCAGUGAGCCAAGAUAACGGGUGGUGGUAACUGAGGGGCAGGGGAUCCCCUUCCGCAUAAUACAUGGAUAUCUUUCAGAUUCCCCUUGGGAUUUUAUUUUGGCGCCAACAAGCAUUGGCACUGCAGGUUUGCAAUACUUCAUUCAUCAUGACACGCCUGGCGUUUAUGAAUAGGGAACUGGGCACAAUCGGGCUGUACGUAGCAUGGAAAGGGAUCUCGACUUGUGUGCAUAUAUUGCUUCUCAUUCUUGUUGAGUUGCACGUGGGAGUUUGCGGGACGCUCGGCCCAGGCCUCGGGGUUGCCUGGUAUCGGCAGAAACAUGAUAGUUUAUGACAGAUAUAAACUUUCCAUGCCGAUCAAUUACCAUGCAUCAGACUGUUGUGAUGGUGAUAAGUCUUUCAAGAACAACUCGAGACGUCAACUGAUGGACAUCCUUAAGAACCAGCCAAGCUUUCUGAGGAGGAAUGGGUCAACGAUAUCCCUGUCAUCCGUGG